CAGACAGACUGUCAGACAGACUGAGUGUCGGUCGGUUGGAGCUCAGACAACAGCAGACUAACAGCCCGUUUAUCCGGUAACAUGCUCAGGAGAUGUGCGCUGAACCGGCAGCAGCUGGAGGCGAUCCAUAGACUGAGACCUGGACCUGGAGGGACGUAUGGGGACCGGAUCCACCGCCGUGUCGCAUCCACCUCCAGAACCAGCAGCAGCAGCACCGGAACCGGCACCGUGAUGUCUGACACCGUCAGACAGAAGACUAUGGAGGAUCUAGGCGGACCGAGUUUCCUGACCACAUUGAACUGGCUCUUUGUGAAGGGCUACUUCCAGACCAGCCAGCAGAUGCAGAUUGAACACAGCAAGAUCUACGGCCCUCUGUGGAAGUCAAAGUACGGCCCGCUGGUGGUGGUGAACGUGGCCAGUCCCGAGCUGAUCGAGCAGGUUCUGAGGCAGGAGGGGAGGCACCCGGUCCGGACCGACAUGCUCCACUGGAGGAGCUACCGGGAGCUCCGGAACCAGGCCCAGGGACCCCUGACAGAGAUGGGGGCCAAAUGGCAGCGGAUCCGCAGCAUCCUGAAUCCUCGAAUGUUGAAGCCCAAACACGUCUCGUGCUACGCCGGCACCGUCAACGAGGUGGUGACCGACUUCAUCCAGCAAGUGGCCUGGCUGAGGGAAACCAGCGGCGGGGGAGUCAUGGUCAACGACCUCACCACUGAACUCUACAAGUUCUCCUUCGAAGGAAUCUGCUCAGUGCUGUUUGAGACCCGUAUGGGCAGCAUGAACGAGGUGGUGCCCGAGGAAACUCAGAAGUUCAUCGUCUCCGUGGGGGAAAUGUUCCGUCUCUCCCAGGUCAUCGUCUUCUUCCCAAAGUCCUUCUGGCCCUACUUGCCCUUCUGGAAGCAGUUCGUGGCAGUCUGGGAUCAUCUCUUCAAAGUCGCUGAAGAGCUGAUACAGCAGAAGAUAGAGCAGAUCCAGGAGCAGGUUCACCUGGACCAGAACGUGGAGGGAGCGUACCUGACUCACCUGCUGCUCAGCGACCAGAUGACGGUCACUGAGAUCCUGGGCAGCAUCAUGGAGCUGCUGCUGGCUGGAGUCGACACAACCUCCAACACCAUCUCCUGGUCUCUGUACCUACUGGCCAAGGAGCCACAGAUCCAGGAACAGCUGUACCAGGAAGUGAUCGCUGUUUGCCCCGGAGACAAGGUGCCAAACAGCGAGGACAUCGCUCAGAUGCCCUACCUGAAGGCCAUCGUCAGAGAGACGCUACGAAUGUAUCCGGUGGUUCCAGGAAACGCCAGAGUGGCCGUUGAAGGUGAGAUGGUGGUCGGAGAUCAUCUCUUCCCCAAAAACACGCUGUUCCACCUCUGCCACUACGCCGCCUCCUACGAUGAGAACAUCUUCCCCGACCCCCACGUCUUCCUGCCGCAGCGCUGGCUCCGAGGGGCCGAGGAGAAGGCCCAGCGGCAUCCGUUCGGCUCGCUGCCGUUCGGGUUCGGGAUCCGGGCGUGUCUGGGCCGACGGGUGGCCGAGCUGGAGAUGUACCUCCUCCUGUCCAGGUUGAUCAAAACACUACGAGUUGAGGGGAGAUCCUGCAGGAACCAUCGUGAAGUCGUUCACCAGAACCUUGCUGUGUCCCGCCAAACCCAUCAACCUGCAGUUCCUGGACCGGCGGCGGCAGCGGGGGGGCGAGGAGGAGGAGGAAGGGAGGCCCAGAGCUGCUUCUCUUUGAGCUGUUUGAUAUUCACACGGUGUUUCCUGACUCUCACCGAGCACACAGAGGAAUGCACCUCAACAGCAGCUGAAUGAACGAGGCUGUAUUCACAUUAUAACGCUGUAUACUGAAUAUAUAUAAAGAGAGAGUUUGAUUGUUGUUUCAUGUAAAUAUUGAACCUCUUCCAGGGAUUGAUUUAGUUUCACUUCCACUAACGCUGUUUGUUCAGUAGAAAGAGUCCAAACCUGAUAAUAACACCAGGACUGACUGACGGGUCGUCUCUGUGUUCUCAUGUUUCUGUUUGCUUUAGUUUCACCAACACCAAAAGUCAAAGUGUUUAUUGUCAUGUGAACAGAUAAAACAAGUUCACCUGCACAAUGAAACUCUUCUUUACCCUCCGCUCUGAGUGUCGUUUACAAGGAAGUACAAAGUAUGAUACAAUACAAGAAAAUAGAGACAGAAAGAAAGGACACUAUAUUGCACCAGAUUGAUGCAUUUAUUAAAAUGUACAAAAUGUUCUUCUGGGUAGGGUGAGAUCCCAACAAACCAAAUGUGGGACAGACAAAGAGUAUGUUUGUGUUGGACGAUGUGGGACGAUGUGGGACGAUGUGGGACACGAGGCUGAGAGGUAGUCUACAGUUUAGAUAUCAUGUCACACUCUGAGAAAGAAAUCCGUAUAAAAUCAGAUAAUGUCCUGGCAGGAAAUCACCAGGACAUUUUCCGUCAAGUUUACAGACAUUUUCUUCAACACUAAACUGUAAAUCUCUGUAGUCUCAGCAGCCCGACCUUUACAUUCUGGAGGGAAAAAAGACGCUAACGCUGCAUUUAUACGUUACCUAACGGUCUCUGUGGACCGCCUGAGACUAAAACUGGAGCUAACUCUACCUGACGUCCUCUGAAAUCUAAAAUAUAAACUUUGGUAAAACGUAAACUACAAUAACAAACUUGCUUUAGUCUCAAAAUGAGUCAGCAACAUAUUCCUGUGUAUCUGGUAACGUUAACGGUUGACAACAGCUGAACUAAACAACAAAACAGCUCUCCAACUAAAACGACACCGAGCUAACGUUAAGUCCUGAACAUGAAUCACCCUGGUUGGACAUUAAUUGUUGAUUUUUUACCACAGAAGUGUGAGAAAAGUUUCUCCAAAUCCGAAAUGUGAACUUAACUUUGCGGUGUGUGAUGGUCUCUGCCUCUUCUGCCGGAGGUUCUUGUUCCCACAAUGCAAUGCGUGUUUAAAAAUAGGGGUAAAACUCCUGUGAAAAAUCGAUACAGAAAAUUCCUUCAUUGUAACGCGGUACACUGACCCGUAUCUCUACGGACUUCUCUCAGAGUGUAUCUAACUUAAAUAAUCAACAUUUCUAUUCUAUCUUGUAGCAUCUCUAUGCUUUAAUGCCUGAAUGCAUUCAGAGAUCUGCACGUCUCUCUUUGAGCCGCACGUUUCUUGUGAGACUCACGUGAACCGUGUCGCUUCAUGUCGUAUUCCCCCCGUGUGUUAAACUGAAAAAUAACUGUCAAAUGUCACAAAUAAUUUCAUCAAAUGUCAUUCUUAUAAAUACUUCUAAGUAGUUUCACAGAAGCUCUGUGGAGCUCUCUGGUGAAGAGGGAGGAGAUAAACACACACAAUACUUGUUAGUAGCAUCAAUUCAUUGUUGAGGUGUUUCCAUCAUUGGAUUUGUUUAAAAUAAGAAAAUGAUUACUCGGAGACAGUCCUAAGAAUUGGUAAGGUUAAAGAUCAGGUGUGAGACCCAGAGGGGCUUAUAAUAAUUAUAGUAGUAUAAUUAUACGAGCUCUUUCUACAGUCAAAAGGGCACAUGUGAAGUCUAAUCUGAUCCAGAGUUAUUAAUAAAAACCCAAAGACUCUCCGUUGAACACACUCAGCUGUUUGGAGUCAAAAGGGCGUCAGUGCACUUAAGAAAAAAUAAAAAUAUUUUUUUAAAUAAAUGUCAAAAUAUUGUUCAUUCAGAACAUCAUCAUCCACGUGUUAAUGACGUUUUAAUAUUCAAGAUUAAAUUUAGUGAACAAAGUAAAGAAGUGUCUUUUUCCUCUGGCUCUCCUGUAAAGUCGGUGAAACAUCAUUUAACGCCCGUCUGGUUCUCAUCACCAAUACAAGUGAUUUAUUUUCCUUUCAAGUCAUUUAAAACUAAUAUUUUUACUGUACGUAUUAAAAACCAUCCAGACCCCGAGUGUUGAGGAAGCUAAAAUAAAAAAUAAAAGCGUUGGCAGUGAGGUUAAUGUGUUAAUUAUUCUUUAGACAGACGUUUACUGCCAGGUUUUAGUGUACAUAAAGGAAUGUAUUUUUAGGUUUUAAGAGUGUUUAUUGUUGUAAUUGUUUUAUGAUUAAAAUGUUAUUUGUACAGCACAAAACUUCAUCUAAUAAAAGAUCCACAACAGGAAGUUUCUAAACCAGCAAACGCUCUCCGUCCAACAAUAGAAGUGUCAUGCUGUUUGAAUCUUCAUGUCAUGUUUCUCCUGAUUUUGACUAAUAAAGGCAGAAAUGUUCUAAAUGUG